UCUGCCAUCCGACGGGCAGACGACCAUGGACACCCUCCCAUCAUCCAGGGUGAGGGAGGUAAGGCUGGAGAGACACCUACCGACCUGCAGCAGGCCACUGGUAUCGAGCGACUGGAGCUCUUGGGAAGGUUGGAGGGUAUUGAGAUUUUCGACAUGAAGCCUCUAGACGCUUCCCGCAUCGGAACCAUGAAGGAGCCCAUUGUCGUCAAGAGCUUGCACCCUGAACGAAUCGUCGGAUGCAGCGGAUCGCCCGCCGGCUCCCACGACACAAUCUACCUGUCGCUCAACCUCACCCUAGAGCGUCAUCGUUGCCCCGAGUGCGGU